ACGACCUAACGCUUUUACGCGUUGGCUAAUAAACAACACUUUCCAAGAUGAUUUUGCAACGCAGUUGAACUUUAGCUAAUUCAUUUUAUUUAUUUGUUUAGCUAACGCAUCAUAAAGAAAAACAAUGUAGAAUGCGAAAAUGGGUAUAUUUGUUCUGCUAUAAUGUUUCUGGUGCUAGCUAGUUUAGCACAACAACUGGAUGGCCUUUAUUUUCAUGUGUGUUUUUCAGCCAGUGCUGACCAGCGAACUCAUCUUUUCGCAUGUCAACAUCCCUGGAUUUUCUAAGGAUGAAGAGAAAAGUGGCUCGAUUACGGUUUAGUCCAAAUGAAGAAGCGCAACUCUUUCGAGAGGAACACGAAAGGAGAAGGAAGCUGCGAAUAGAACAGAAGCCUGACUGUGUGACAAUUGCACAGAAAAAUGAGGAGAAUAACGUUCAGGCAGAUGAGGCUAUCGACUCGCCAUCAAAGCGCUCAAAUCACAGAGACAGAAAGAGGAGGAACAAAAUCGUCUUAUUGAGGCUAGGAAGAAGGCCAUACAAGUGGAGAAGGAGAGGGCAGCGAAAGUUGCCAACCUCUCACCCCUUCCACCCAACCCAAUUGAGAAUAUUGAGUCAAGUAAGCUACUUGGAGUGAAGAAAUUGGACGUGGAUGCCUUCUCUGUGACCCACUAUCACAUGCCAGAGACUACAGUGGACAGGGAAGUUGACACGGCACAGCCAAAGGCAUGGGAGGUGGCAAAGGAGGAGGUGUGGUGCCUGCAGGAGCUAGGACCAGAGGAGCUUAGGGGCAACCACGUGCUGAGGAGGGAACGGCUUACACAGGACCGAGAGCGCCUCCUGGUGGAGCUGGAGCACAUGCAUCAGACAGACCUGUUGAGGCGAAGGCAUUUGACUCAGAUGCCUGCCCAGAUCUUCCAGCUGCUCUCCAAGAGACAGGAGAUGAGGGAGGACUGGCAGAGGGACAUUGAGUUCACCUUUGAGGACAUGUACACUGGAGAGAGGAGUAAGGAGGGGAGGUGGGGGGUCCAAAUCGGGAUGAAUUUUUCAGUACUCUACUCUGGCCAUGAGUACACAAUUUGUUGGUAUUGCCCUGGUGCAUAGAUAAGUUGUUUUACUUGAUUGAAAUGGAGAGAUUUGCCUUGAUUGAAAUUGAGAGAUUUACCCUAUCCUAGACAGUAGUGUGGACACAUCGUUAUGACACCUAAUUACCAUUAUUACGUUGGCAUGGAGUUUGUCUAUUCGUCUAAUUAAACCUGUACUGCUC